CUCUGUUCCCUCGUCCUCCUUCGACGGAUCACCUCCUCACCCUUAUAUUCCCGCUCCCAAUACCCCUUCAGCCCAUAUUCUUACUUGUUCAGCCAUGUCUAGGUCGCAGUUCCUCCGCGAGUACAAGCUUGUCGUUGUCGGCGGUGGUGGUGUCGGCAAGUCCGCGCUUACUAUUCAGUUCAUUCAAAGCGACUUCGUCGACGAGUACGAUCCCACUAUCGAGGAUUCGUACAGGAAGCAGUGCGUGAUCGAUGACGAGGUCGCUCUUCUCGACGUCUUGGAUACCGCUGGCCAAGAAGAAUAUGGUGCUAUGCGCGAACAGUACAUGCGCACGGGCGAGGGGUUCCUCCUGGUCUACUCCAUUACUUCCCGCAAUUCGUUCGAGGAAAUCAGCACCUUCCACCAACAAAUUCUGCGUGUGAAGGAUCAGGACUCGUUCCCAGUCAUCGUCGUUGCUAACAAGAGCGAUCUGGAAUACGAGCGCCAGGUGGGAAUGAAUGAGGGUCGUGAUCUUGCGAAGCACUUCGGCUGCAAGUUCAUCGAGACUUCAGCGAAGCAGAGAAUCAACGUGGACGAGGCAUUCCACCAACUCGUACGCGAGAUUCGGAAGUACAACAAGGAACAACAAACCGGUCGUCCUGGUGUGCAGCCAGGUGCACCUAGCGCCCCCGGCGUAUACGGGGCAGGGAACCAGCACCAGGAUGAUGGUGCUGGUGGAUGCUGUGGCGGAUGUGUCAUCGUGUGAUUCUCCAUCCUCGUCUCGUCCCCCACACUCCUGCUCCCGGUAUGAGUUUUCGCCGCGUUACCUCACCAACCUUCCCGCGUCGUUGCUGCUGCUGUCUCGCUCCUGGCCUUAUUACCCCGGAUUGUCGUCUCGUCCUGCUUUUUGUUUUAUGUAGUGUCUCGGCCUCUAUCACCGUUUUCUUCCCGCCGUAUCUCUUCUGAACGUCGCCGUCGCCGUCAACAUCGCCAAUAUCAUUUCCAUCAUUAGACGUCGUCGGUGAGCGCCUAUAAAUAUUGGGCGCCACAUGUCGGGCCGUUCCUGUCCUUACUCUAAUUUGUUUCGCUAUCUCUGUUCUCUGCACUUGUUUAGGUCUCGACGCUACCUGCCGUUCGCUAUAUUGUGCGUGGUCGAUAGUUGCCCCCCACUCUUGGGCACCUGCCACUUAGUGCUCUCCACCUCCAUAGAUCUUCCUCGAAAUCUCAGCUGUGCUUGCGAUCGCAAGUGACAACAUGCCAGGUCUUCC